AUGGAGGAAGUGAAAGGUAUGAGUAUUAAAAAUGUGGACAAAAGUGAUGGGUUGACAAAACAAAAGAUAGAAAUAGUUGGAGAUGUAAGUGUGAUGAUUAGCAAAAGUGUUAGUAACAAUAAAAGCAAAGCAUCCAAUGAGGAUCCAAAUCAUGGUAUAAACUUAUUCGAAAUAUUUUGGGAUAGAAUCGGGAAUGGCGAUUCUAAUCAAGCUGGAUUAGAGACAGAAAAUGCUGAAGAAAAUGAUAUUGAAAUUGACCAGUUGUUGUCAGAUAUGAGGAACAGCAAUGGUGAAUCUGCAGAUAUCUGGUGUGGUAAUAGGACAUAUGAUUUUGGUUAUUGUGAUUGGGGAGAAUUAACUGGUGAUGAAGUUGGAGUUGAUAAAGAGAUUAGUUUGAUUGAUUUUGAUGAAUCCAAUCAGAUAGAUGAAAGGGAACCUGAAAUUAUAUUUAAUGCAUUUAUUGAAAAAGAUUUAAUUGACUUUGGAUGUGUUGCAGAAGAGUCAGUGAUGAACAAUAAUGUAAAGGAGGAAAUGAUUGAUGAAAAUAGAGAAAUAAAUGUGGUGGUUAAUACAAGUAGUAGUAAGAUGCAUCAAACGAACAAUGAAAAAUUCGAAUCCCUACCUGAGCCAAGUAGUGAAGUGACCUUAUAUGUUAAAUUUGCUAAAACAAAGUCUAAAAUAGAUAUAGUUCAAAGAGAGGAGGAGAUAGUAAAAGAUCUGUUGAAAGUGUUGAAGAAUGAUGAAUUUGAUUGUGGUGUGGAUUUCCUAUCCAAAUCUUCUACUUCACAACAAUCCAAGGAUACUACUAACCAAACCUCCACACUUAAGUUUAAUAAAGACCAAACAUCCUCCUCUGAACUUAAUGAAGAUAAUAAUAUCAUUAUAACAGAUUCAAAUAAUAACUCUACUACUAAUACAAAUGACUAA